AUGACUCUAUUUAAGGCCGUGUAUGGUUACAACCCUCUCCAUAUGGAAUUUCCAACCACAUCAGUUACUUAUGUAGCAACAGUGGAAACAUAUCUAAAACAAAGAGAUUAUAUGAUGGACCUACUCAAGGAGAGUCUACACAAAGCUCAAGAGAGAAUGAAGUUCUUUGCUGAUAAGAACAGGAAUCACAGGUCCUUUGAGGUUGGAGAUAGAGUGUACCUAAAUAUGCAUCCGUACAGGAAAGCUUCGAUAUCUUUGCGCAAGAACUUCAAGUUGUCUGCUAAGUAUCGUGGUCUGUUUCCCAUUUUGCAGAAGGUUAGGUCUCUAGCCUACAAGUUGGAGUUGCCAUCAAGUGCUAGGAUCCACCCUGUCUUCCAUGUUUCACAGUUGAAGAAGCAGAUUGGCAAGGCUCAUAUACCCUCACCAGCAAUGCCAAUAGUUGAUCAUGCAAGAGAGAUCAUUAUGUUUCCUGAAAAGUUCUAG